GGAACUGCCUCUGACAGUGUUUUAAAAGCAGAUCUUUUUUCCUUUGAUCCGGUUUCUAUCUUUCCUGUCGGACUCGGUUCCUCCCGGUUCCUCCCGGUUCUCCCCGGUUCUCCCCGGUUCUCUCCUCGGGCUCCCGGUGAGGCUCCGGGAUGGAGCGGCUGUAGCAGCGGCAGCUCGGCGGGUCGCUCCGGGGCGGUUUCCGGUGUCCGUCCGUCUGCAGGGGGAUGGCGUCCGGCUUCAAGCGCAUCCACCGCCGGUCCUCCGAGUCCCACACACACCGAAGGCUGUCGAGCCCAGGCGGCAGCGAGACGCGUCGGUGAGCCGCUCGAUUUCCUCGUCCGUCUCAAAGGAGGUGUGUACAUGCAGACAUAGCACUCGGAUCCUCUCUGUGUGCUAGUUACCGUUUCUAGAAGCACAUCCAGCCCUGCAGCUUGGAGCUGAACCCCCCUCUUCUCCCGAGCAUCGAGUCCCUGCAUGCGAAGUGGAGCGAUGACGGAGGCAUGGCAGCAGCAGCAUGCAGUGGCUCCACCCUCUGUAGUGCACACGCUCCCCCAGGGGGCCGACAACCCCCUGGGCUGCACAGUGUACGGAGUCGUCCUGCAGGCCGAUGCCUCGCUGCAGCAGCCCCAGCACGGCCAGCAGCACUCUGUUCAAGCCCAGCAGCCCUCCCUGCAGGUGGGAGGCGAGAGAGGGCACAAGUGUGGAGCCUGCGGUCACGACAUAUCUCACCUGGCCAACCCUCAUGAGCACCAGUGCAUGGUGAACCAGGACCGAUCCUUCCAGUGUACGCAGUGCAUGAAGAUCUUCAGCCAGGCGACGGACCUGCUGGAGCAUCAGUGUGUGCAGGUGGAGCAGAAGCCUUUUGUGUGCGGUGUGUGUAAGAUGGGCUUCUCGCUGCUCACUUCCCUGGCUCAGCAUCACAACUCGCACGGCAACGGGAACAACCCGAUGAAGUGCUCCAUCUGUGAGAAAACCUACCGGCCUGGGUCUGGAAACGUCACACCGACCUCGUCAGCUGCCAACCCCCAGCAGCCCUCCACCGGCGAGACGUCCGGCGGCGGUGCAGCGAUCAGUGCCUCGUCUCCGCCUGCGUUUGAGGCCUCUGCACCCGACAGGCCAUAUAAGUGCUCAGUGUGCCAUAAGGCCUUCCGACAUUUGUCAGAGCUGACCCGCCAUGAGAGAGUACACACUGGUGAAAAGCCGUAUAAAUGUGACACGUGUGACAAAAGCUUCAGCCAGUCUUCUCACCUGGCACACCACCAGCGCACACACAGCUCUGAGCGGCCGUACAAAUGCGCCGUGUGCGAGAAGAGCUUUAAGCAUCGCUCUCACCUUGUGCGGCACAUGUACGCUCAUUCGGGCGAGCACCUGUUCAAGUGCAAUUUGUGUGAGAUGCACUUUAAGGAGUCGUCCGAGCUCCUGCACCAUCAAUGCCAGCCUGAGGGGGAGAGGCCUUUCCGCUGCGGUUCAUGUGGAAAGAGUUUCAAGCGCCCGUCUGACCUGCGGCAGCACGAACGCACCCACUCAGAGGAGCGACCUUUCCAGUGCGAGGAGUGCCAGAUGAGCUUCAAACAGCAGUACGCGCUCGUACGCCACCGUCGCACUCACAAAAAUCCAGCUGAUCGCCCAUUCAAGUGUAACCUGUGCGAUAAGGGAUUCCUGCAGCCGUCCCACCUGCUCUACCACCAGCAGGUUCACGGUAUGGAAAGUCUUUUUAAAUGUGCAUCCUGCCAGAAGUCUUUCAGCCAAUCAGGAGAGCUGCUGAGGCACAAAUGUGGAGGUGAAGUGGAGAAGCCGUACAAGUGCGACGUGUGUGGCAAAGGUUACAAAAAGAAUUCAACGCUGCAGCGCCACCAGAACUCUCACUGCACAGAGAAGCCGCUGAAAUGCUCUCUGUGCGACAAGCGCUUUGUGUCGUCCUCCGAGUUCGUCCAGCACCGCUGCGACCCGACCCGAGAAAAGCCGCUGAAAUGUCCUGAUUGUGAAAAGCGCUUUAGGUACUCGUCAGAGCUGCAGCGCCAUCGCAGAGUUCACACAGGAGAGAAGCCUUUCAAGUGUGCCAGCUGCGACAAGAGCUUCAAGCAACGCGAGCACCUGGCCAAGCACCAGAGCGUGCACUCGCGGGAGACACAGUUUAAGUGUGUGUGGUGUGGGGAGCGUUUCGUCGACCUCACGGCUUUGCAGGAGCACACGGUUCAGCACACUGCCGAGGGCGAGAGUUUCCCCGAAGCCCCCUGCAUCCCAUGAACAGCAGUGCCCCUCAGACAGCAAACAUGACAUUAGCCCUCAAAGCAACGUGGGCCAGCCCCUGCUCUCCCAUUUGUAGUUUAUAAUAUGCACCCAUUAAUUAUCUUUAAUAAUUUUUAGUAUUCGUAGGACUCGGCUCAUCCUCAUCCUCCAUUGAGUAAAACACCCUAAACCGACAGAGGGGGUCAGGAUCCCUCUUCUUCUUUUGGAACUCGGAGGGGGGGGGAAGAAAGAAAGAAGGAAAAAGGCUUGUAAUGUAAAAUGUGGGAAGAUCUUGAUUUUGUUUAGUACAGAGUGUGGGACCUUAUUCUGUGGUUGCAUGUGAUCGUCUGUUUUGUAACUGUUGAUUCUGUCAUCGAGAAAGAUGGGAACAAUUUCCAGGCAGUUGUCAGAUAACGUGUGUGUGCUCAUGUUAAACUCCUCUGAAAUCCACGUGCCUUUUUAUUUUAAACCCGUCACUCCUUUUGUGUUUUUCUGUUUCUUUCAUGUCCAGUGUAGCUGAACCCUCCCACCUGUACUUAGCGGCUGGCUUGUGCAGCAGUAUACUUUCACAUACUAGAUCUUAGGUAGUCUCAUCUGUUUGUGCAUGAGUAUUUAUCACACUUAAAUAUCACUGUUGUAUUAUAGGUUUGGUUUAUUUAGGAAAACAUCCUAAGAAGAAGAAAAAAAAUUGGAUUUGUGAAAAUGUAUAGCCUGUGUCCUAUGAAAUCUGUGUUGUUGCAUCUUUUUAUUAAAACAAUGACAUCUAGGUAACUAACCCAUACCUAUCUUGUCAUACAUACACUUGACGUGCAAUAGAACAUGCACAAUAUAAUAUUUAUGACUACUGAUUCAUGGCAUAGUCUACUCUGUUAUAUUAUAGAUUGUGUGUAUACGCUUAUGUAAACAUUGAGAACUGUAUAGUGCUUCUGUUACAUGCUUUUGUAUUCACGAUGAAUGAGCUUGCUGUAUUUUGCAAGCACUUUAGUUUCGGUUCCAGAUGGAUCGUCACAAGGUUCAACCUGACAAGACGAGCAUUAUCCUGCUAACUUGCCACAACCUAGCUGUGUUAGUGACUGUGCGAUUAGAUCUAACAAAAGUCAUGUUUUUUUAUUUUGAUGAAUUGGCCUUGUUACAUCCUCACAGGAUUCCGCCUCCUGGUCCACACCAGACGCUCAGCAGAUGAGUCCACGUAGCCUCAAAGUUACAACUUGCGUGUUGGUUAAUACCAGGGAUAAAGUAAGAAAACGUGUACUUUAGUUUAACGUGUGGCUUCCUAUAUUCUGUACAAUCUUUGCAGUAUAUUUAAAAGAAGGUUUUUGGAGUUUCCAAAAUCACAGUCAAAGGUAAUGACAGUGAUUUCAGUCCUGGUGAGUCAACAUGAAAAGCUCCUGCAGGAGGAUGAGCAAGUGUAAUGAAGUGUUGAAUUUACACAUGGAUAUCGAUAUAGAGUCCUGUUCAUAUUGUAUACAGAAUUCAAAUAAACCACCCUUAUAAAAA